AUGUACUUAGUUUUAAAUAGAAUUUAUAGAGAAUCCAGUCAAAUAUUGUUAAUAAGUGCAAGAAAUAAAUAUUUUUUAGAGAAUUUUAGAAAAAUAUAUGAAGGGUUAUUAAAUGAUUAUAAGAGAAAAACAUAUUGUAGCAGCAAGAAAGACAUAGAUAAACUAGAUUAUGAACUGAAAUGUAUUAAGAAGGAUAAAACUAAUAUAUAUAAUUCUAAAGAAAAAAAAAUAUUAGAAAAGGAUUAUAUAGAGAUAUAUACAGAUGGAUCUAGUCAUUAUUAUGGAGAAGGAAAGGUUAUUGCAGGAAUUGGUGUAUAUUUUGGAGAUAAUGAUAAAAGGAAAGUAUUAAAGGAGCGUAUUUAUGAUAUUAAACAAACAAAUCAACGAGCAGAAAUUAUGGCAAUUAUACGUGCUAUAGAAUCGGUAUCAAAUGAUGAAAAUAUCAUAAUAAAUACGGAUUCAAAAUAUGCGAUAAAUUCAUUAACAAUAUGGUAUAAAAAAUGGGAGAAAAAUAAUUGGAAAAACAUAAAUGCAGAAUCAGUAAAAAAUAAAGAUUUACUUGAAAAAGCACUUGAAUUAAUUAAAAAGCGUUCUGGAUUUACUGAAUUAAAAUAUGUUUCUAGUCAUGGUGAUAUUUAUGGUAACAAGCAGGCAGAUUAUCUCGCAAAUAAGAGUAUUUUUAUGAAAAAAAAAGUUUAA